CCAGCGUCUAUUUGAUCUGUGGACGAAGGAGGACGACGAGUACAUAAUAGUCAAAAUGCUUCCUGUGAUACAGAAAUGGAACGAAUGUUAAAGAGAGACGAUGGCCAUAUAGGCCGAGAAAGUAGUGUGAAUAAGAUUUGACACGCGAGAGUCGGACGCGGGGGUGAUUUUGGAUAUCCUCUGCCUUAUUCUCUCACACUUGCGUCCGAAGACUCACACCCCAAGAUUCAAAAGCAGAAUCCAAAUUUUCUUUUGACUUUUUUUUCUCUUUCUCUUGCAUUCCCCAUUUCUUUCUAGCAGCCGUUGUUCCUUCGGAUUCAGGAUGAACAAGUCUCAGGAUCAACGGCCAAGAUCUGCUAAACCGGCCACCAUCCAUGCAUACGCUCAAUCUGGGGACCUUGUUGCCUUCCAGCGGCUACUUCGAGGCAACCCUUCUCUUCUCAACGAGAGAAACCCUGUUAUGGCUCAGACUCCUCUUCAUGUUUCUGCUGGCCACAAUAGGGCUGAUAUAGUUAAAUUUCUUCUCAAUUGGCAAGGACCUGAUAGAGUUGAGUUGGAGGCAAAGAAUAUGUAUGGAGAGACACCCUUGCACAUGGCAGCAAAGAAUGGAUGCAAUGAAGCGACGAAGUUACUUCUUGCUCAUGGUGCUUUUAUUGAAGCUAAAGCAAAUAAUGGUAUGACGCCUCUACAUCUUGCUGUUUGGUACUCUCUACGGGCCGAAGAAUGCUUAACUGUGAAAACAUUGCUUGAAUACAAUGCUGAUUGCAGUGCUAAGGACAAUGAGGGAAUGACUCCUUUAAACCAUCUUUCUCAAGGCCCUGAAAGUAAGAAACUUAGGGAACUUUUACGGCAGCAUCUUGAAGAACAGAGGAGGAGACGAGCUAUUGAAGCAUGCAGUGAAUCCAAAGCAAAAAUGGAUGAGCUUGAAAAUGAAAUUUCAAAUGUUGUGGGGCUACAUGAUUUGAAAGUACAAUUGCGAAAGUGGGCAAAGGGCAUGCUUUUGGAUGAGAGACGUAGAGCACUUGGUCUGCAAGUUGGCCCCAGAAGACCUCCACAUAUGGCCUUCCUUGGCAAUCCUGGAACAGGUAAAACAAUGGUAGCUCGGAUCCUUGGUAAAUUACUCCACAUGGUGGGAAUUCUACCAAGUGAUAAAGUGACUGAGGUACAACGAACUGAUUUGGUCGGAGAGUUUGUUGGUCAUACUGGUCCAAAGACCAGGAGAAAGAUACAAGAAGCAGAAGGGGGAAUUCUAUUUGUCGAUGAAGCUUAUAGGCUAAUACCGAUGCAGAAGGCAGACGACAAAGACUAUGGAUUGGAAGCCUUAGAGGAGAUUAUGUCUGUCAUGGACAGUGGAAAAAUUGUGGUUAUAUUUGCUGGAUACAGCGAACCAAUGAAGCGAGUGAUCGCUUCAAAUGAAGGAUUCUGUAGGCGGGUGACCAAGUUUUUCCAUUUUAACGAUUUCAAUUCGGAUGAACUAGCCGAAAUACUUCACAUCAAGAUGAAAAAUCAAGCAGUAGAAGGUUUGCUUUAUGGAUUCAAGUUGCAUAACUCAUGCAGUGUAGAAGCUGUAGCAGCAAUGAUAGAAAAGGAAACUACAGAAAAGCAACGCAAGGAAAUGAAUGGUGGUUUGGUAGAUACAAUGUUGGUCAAUGCUAGAGAAAAUUUGGAUCUCAGGCUUAGCUUUGAUUGUAUAGACACAGAAGAACUUCUCACCAUCACAAUGGUAGAUUUAGAAGCUGGACUUCGGAUAUUAUCACAGUAAGUGACAUUAUUUUUGCCAUCUGAUUGGGCAUCUUGAAGAGAAAUAUUUCAGCAUACGUCAAUGCUUGCAAUUAAUUGGAUUCUGGAAAUUCUUUUGUAUCUCUAGGUCUGUAAUAGAUUACUAUGUUUGUAGUAUAUAGGCUGGGCUUAUUAUGCCGUUUGGUUUAUUUUCAUCUUUCAUUGUAUUCUUUGUAACUUAUUUAUUUUUUCAAGUGAGCAAUAAAUCCCUCGUUGUUUGUGCUUA